AUGGGGAAAGAGGAGCAGAUCGAAGAACGGGAGGUUCUCAACUCGAUAUUCCCAGAGGAGAUUACAGAUAUAUCAGAGAGCGAGUACAGGAUAUCCAUCGCCUUAGACAUCCCAGACGACGAGGGCGAACCACCCGUCAUCCUUCUCACUGUGCGGUACCCCGACGAGUAUCCAGACAAAGCACCCUUCCUGGAGAUCUCGGCGCCUCCGAAUGCAACUCCCCACCAAUAUCUGAAUGUCGCCGAGGAUAAAGACCAGUUGUUGCAGGGUCUAGAUGCGACAAUAGAGGAGAACCUUGGCAUGGCCAUGGUAUUCACUUUGGUAUCGACGCUGAAGGAAGCUGCCGAGCAGUUGGUGGCUGAGCGCAAAGAAGCGGCCGCCAAGGCGCAUGAGGAAGCGCUACUUGCCGCUGAGCGUGAGGAGAAUAAGAAGUUUCACGGCACCCCAGUGACCCGCGAGACCUUCUUGAAGUGGCGGGAGUCCUUUUUGAAAGAGAUGGAGGAAGCACGGAUCAGGGAGGAGGAAGAGAGAGCCGCAGAGCUGAAGAAGGCCAGAAUAAAAGAGCCGGCGAGGCUUACGGGGAAGCAGUUGUGGCUUCAGGGUCUUGCUAGGGGUGACCAAGAUGAAGGCGACGAGGAUGGGAUUCCCACGGAGGAUGUACAAAGACUCAAAAUUGCCGAUAACUAA